AUGUCGUCGCAGACGAGCGCUUGCAACGGCUUCUUCCAGGAGCAUGCGAACAGCGCGUUGAAUCAAUACUUCCAGCAGUUGAACUCGAAUGCGGCCGCCGCAGCUGCAGCGGGCAUGAACAGCAGCAACAAUAGUGACAGCAGCGCCAAUGAGGGCAGCGGCAGCGUGACCAGUUCAUCGCUGGAUGGCAACCGCAGUAGCGCCAGCAGCAUUGAUUCAACGAAAUCGGUGAAUAGCAACGGCAGUGGCAGCGCAAAUGUGCAGUGGAAUAGUAUACAACAGCAGCAGCAGCAGCAGCAGCAGCAACAGCAGCAACAGGCGCAGCACCAGCAUCAGCAACAGAAUCAACAUCAGCAGCAGCAACAACAGCCGCAGCACAUGCACCAUUCCCAGCAACCACAUCAAACACUGGCCGCAGCUGCCGCUUCGAAUGUCUCCGCCAACACAAAUCCGCACUCCAUUUUCGGCACCGGCAAUUUCCACUAUAAAACAAACAACUCCUGGACAAUACCGACACUCUCCUGCUACCAACGCCUCUACAGCGAGAACCAACAACACUAUCAUCGACAGUUCGCCGGCAGUGGCGGUGGCAAUGGCGGCUCCGGUGGCGGCACUGGAGCAGGCGGUAAUGGCGCUGACACACCGGUGAUUGGCAGUAAUGCCGGCGGUGGUGGCAAUGCUGGGGGCAGCUGCAACGUAGGCGUCAGUGCGAAUGCCGCUGCAGCAGCCACAGCCGCCUCAGUGCAACAUGUUGCCAACGCUGUAGCAGCGGCCGUGAUGGCCAACGAGCAGCAUCAGAGUCACUUGAACAGCUUGAAGGCGCGCUUCCAAGCGCCCGGCGGUAAUGCAGGUAAAUCGGUGAUUUAA